UAUUCCACACCUCUCACUCACUUCAACUUCCUUCUCUUCCCGCCUACUGUUUCUUCAUCAAUCCCUCAAUAAAAUUGGCGAUAAAACCCUAGUUUUAUUUCUUUGUUCCUGUAAUGGUGUUAUUAGCACUAUAGACGAAUACAAUCACUGAUAUGGCUAAUAUUGUGACGUCCAGAGAUAUUCAGGACAUCGUCACCAAACUCUCAUCAGAUAAAGCAAAAUCGCGAGAAGAAGGGAUUAAGUUGUUAAAUGCAUGGUUAGAAGAAGGCCAAAGGUCUGUUGAGUUCUGUAGAUACAUUGGAGAGAAGACCGCGAAGCUUAAACCAGAUGAAAUUCCUCAUUCGGAGACAUGGCCGUUUCUUGUUACAUUGCUUACUAAAUGUGUGUCCCUGGAGAUAUCUGGGAGCAAAAAGCGUUUGCCAAAGUUGAAUUUUGCAAAAACUCUUCGGACUGUUGUCCAACGAGCAGAAGAUGCUAAAUUUUCAGGCAAAGAUAUGCCUCUUCUACCUGUGGCAAAAUUGCUUUUCAAUCAUGUCUGGGAUGUCUUAAAGGAUACUCCUAGUUUUCAAUCCGAGUAUGGAACUAUUUUACGGCAUCUUUUGGCAGUGAGAUCUUACCGUUUUCACAUGAGGAAGCGGGUUUACUGUUGUUUGGUGCUUCUAUACAUGGAAAAGGUAGAAACAAGUUUAAAGGAAAAAAGUGAUGGGCAAAUAAAUCCAAGGGAGGAGGUCUUUCGCUGCAUCACGACACUUCAUUCUCUUCUUGAAAAUCCCCCUGGAGAUUUUCCUGAUACCCUUCAAGAGGAUAUUGUCAAGGGUUUUAUUGGAAUUUUUUCUUAUGUAAGGGAUGAAGGGAAAAUUUCACGCAAGCUAAUCGAGUGCAUUAACAUAUAUUUGCUGAAGGAUGGCCCAAAUUUGGGUUCUCAAUCUCUCGAAAUUCAUGAUGCUCUGCAGCAUUUUGUCUUCCGAUGUUGGUUGACAACUCGUGAUCGUGGCUUAAAGGAUUCACUUGUUCUUUAUGCGAAGCUACAACUAAAUUUGACGAGAGAUCUUGCUGAUGGGAGCUCUUUAUUAGAACAACUUCAGGAUGUACUAGAGAAGGAAUUAGAUCAAAUAAGCAGUUGCACCAUCAAUUUACCCUGGAAAGACACAACCAGGGAUGACAAAUGUGGAAGCUUGACAAGCUCUCAGUGUGGUCUUAUGGAGCUUGCAGCACUUGUCUUUUGCCGGGCAUGUGUCAGCACACCUAUAGCUUCAUCAUCUGAGAAACGACUUAGAAGGGAGCAUGUUGUAGUCCAGAUAAGGGAAAGACUCUCAAGGGGAAAGUGGCCGUGGCAUGCAGCUUUCUGUUACCUCAUCCACAAUUAUUAUGGUCGCAUAAAGAAGGAUCUGAUGAUCUAUUGGUUUGAAGGUAUAUGUGCAAGUUUUGAGAGGAUAAUAAAUGAUGCAAACAUGGAACAUAGUUAUGGAGGUCUCCUGUGGACAUUGAGGAGUCUUCAAGGACUUUCUUUGAUGCUGCUGUUUCCUGUUCCAGCACUGCAAACAUCUUCGGAGUUGUCAUCCACAGUGAAUGGGGUUGAAACAUGUUGGCGUAUGAUAUGGAACUGUGUCAUUGGUGGUCUGCCCACAUUCAGUACUUUUACAGCAGUUGUGGAUGCUGCAUUAAUGCUACUUAGAAACUUAAUACUCAAUGAUACAGCGAAUGCAUAUCUUGUGCCCCAGGACUUGUGGGAUCUUCGAUUACUUAAACGCGUGCCGUCAAUAUCUGUUUUGUGCUUCAUUUCAUGUUACUUUUCCAGGAAAGGCUACCAAGGUGAUCUUAGAGACACUUUAUAUUUGAGGCAAAAUCUUUUGAGAGCUGUUUUGGCUUUUCCUUUCUGGAAGGAAUGUUCAAUGUUGAAUAAACAGCUGGUUGCUAUAUUGCCAACAACUGUUUAUGCUCUCUGUACUGGUGGUACUCCAUUGGAUAAAGGACUUUCCCCAUCACACUAUGUUCCUGAAACUGUGAAUGACGUGAAGGUCGAAGAUCACACACAUGAAAGUGUGCAUGACCUUUUUGAAUGCUCUGUUGAAGUUCUUGCAAGGAUUGGCCAGGAAUCUGAUCUGGAGGACAUUCAAUCACCUCGUUGCCAAAGUAUACGUCUUCCCCGACAGAUCAGAGAUCCACUUUGUCACGAAGUCGAAAAUCACAUUCUUGAAAUUAUUAAAGAUGAAGAACACGAAAGGAUGCUUCUAUCUGAUGUCAUCUUCCUCUGUGCUAUUUUAUCAAACUUCAUGUAUUGUUCAUAUAGUACGAGGAUAGGAGAAGAAACUCUGCGUUGCCUUGCCACUCUGAGUCAAUACGUGUCGAAGUUGUUGGAUCGAGCUUGUUCUAUCUUAGAGAAGAGUUAUGACGACCUAGUUUGUGCUUUGUUGGGUUCAAGGUCAAUAUUUGACGCAAUUGGCACCAUUCAUGUGUCUUUUGAAAGUUUUCUAUGCUCCCCAUUGUUUAAGGAAAUGCAAACCGACAACAGCAUAGAUGUACUAGCUGCAGUAAUUCAAUCUGUGGAGAGGCUACUGAACGUUCUUGCUAAACUGUAUGAAGGAUCAUUAAGUUGUGGCAGUAAUAUUCAUUCAAAUAGGGGCGACCUUGACUCUUCUUCUUCUAUUUCUAGUCAAGAUUCUCGUCCAGUAAAUAGCCGUACUAGUAUGAUCAUGGACAUGGAGUUGGAUGUGAACACUGGUUCUAAGGAUACUGAUGCUGUGAACAUUGGGGGAAAAGCUACUGCCGAUAUAUUGGCUUCAUCUCUAAAUCAGAGAAUGGAAGUCAUAUCGAUCAUCACAAAAUUCUUUUCAGCUUUACCAUUUCAUACAUGGGAUGUCAUGUUUGCGUUCAUGGAGAAAGAAAGUGAUCCAAGGGUCCUGCAAUUAAUCAUACACGGUCUUUGUCAACAUCCUCAUUGGUCUUCUAGCAGAAAGUUCUUAAACUUGGUUACAUCCUUAAAUGAUUUCCUAGACAUACAGGCAAAUCUUAAGGUCCAGUCUCUGAAUGUGCUAGCUGCCAUCUGCAGUUUGUUGGAGUCUCUUUUAUCCUGUGAUGGUGUUGCUAAGUACAAAAAGAGGACUCUGUCACGGGAAAAAUUGUCUGAAGAGGGCUUGAUUUCUCUUGGAGACCUGGUGAACAAAAUUGCAGACAACGACCUCUUUGAUUGGGUUGGCCGGACUAAGCUUAUUGAUUGCAUUUGCAAUUUCAUUUUAGUGGAUCCUCAAAUUGGUCAGUCUAUGAUUGAGAAGCUGUUGCUGAUGCUUCGUGAUCCUGAUUAUCGAGUUAGGUUAUGCUUUGCUCAACGGGUUGGUGUGCUUUUCCAAACCUGGGAUGGUCAUUUUGAACUGUUCCAGGAUAUAUGUUCAAAUUUUGGCACAAAGCUUGUGACUUGCUCCAGAGAGAAACUGGUGAUGGCGAAGGAGGUUUUAGCUGCUGGUCCUCAGCCUCGUACCAUAUUGGAAACAACAAUUGUAACCCUGGCUCACCUUGCGCUGCACAGUGAAAAGAUUGAAUUGGAGGCUGUUUUUAUGGUAUGUGCUAUUGCUGCAAUUAACCCUUGUUUGAGGAAACUUGUUAUUGCUGCCCUUGAUAAUCUAUCAAGGGAGUUAAAGUAUACUUCUAGGUCAAAGUAUAUGGAAGAACUUAUGGCGUCAAUCCUCUUUAGUUGGGUUGCUACUGGUGUAAGUUUAGCUGCUCUUCUCGAGGCAAGAGAUCUGUUUGUCUUCAAUGUAGAGCCUAUCAAUUUCAUUCAGUCCUGCUGCCGUUGGCUUCUUCCAUCUUUAAUCUUGCAUGGUGACAUCUCUAACAUGAAUUGGAUUGCGAAGGUUACUUGUGAGCCUCUCGCUGAAAUGAUUAAGAAUCACUUUGUGGAUAUUUUUUCUGUUUGUAUGGCGUUACAUUGCAGUAAGAAGGCUGGUUGGGAGAAGGGAUCAGUUGUACUUGAAAGUUCAAUUCUGGAUGUUGCCAAAAUAUCUGAAAUUGAAAGAGACAAGCUUAUAAAGACACACAUGGUUUCAAUCGUCAAUACUAUUUUCUCUCUUGCUUCAACAGCUGCAGACCCUGUUCUUCCUUUAUUCUCCAAGGAGACAAUUGCACGUGCAAUUAUGACCGUUGUGGAUGGAUUCUUGGAGAUAGAUGACUCUUGUAAAAUUUUUGGCCUUGUUGACAAGAUUAACAUCUUCCGACCUGAUCGAGUAUUUACGUUUAUAAUAGAGAUGCAUUACAAAGUUGCUGCAGCUGGUCAUUUCAGGCACAAAUCUGAUAGGCUUGCUGGGAUUGAAGUGCUUAUUGAUGUAUUAGGGCAUCGAGUUGCAGUUCCUAGUACUGCCAGUUAUCUCCUCAACUUGAUUGGUCAAUGCUUGGACCUUGAAGCUUUGCUGGACCAGUGUUGCCGAAUGAUUUCUUCAUUGCUAAAAAUUUUCAAAAUCAAGCAAUUGGAAGGAACCACUAUUGUCCUAGGAGAACAGCUUCAGUUCUUAAUCUCCAAGUUGGUAAUGUGUUGCGUUCCUUCUGAGUCUAGUUCCAAACUGUCAGCCGCCACAUCAUCUGAAGUUCUUUCACUGCUCCGCCAACUUACCUUGGACUCUGACCCGUCUCUACACGAGUACAUUAAAGAACUAGAGCCCUUCCCUAACCUCGACUUAUUUCAUGAUAUACGGAUGUUUCAUAAGGAACUAUGCCAAAAUUACUCGCCUAUGGAGCACUUGUUAAUCUUAGGGAAACGAUCUCGCUACCUUCCUCCAAGAUUACUUCUCUGGAGUCUAAAAGCAUUACACAAGAAAUUGUUUGAACAUGAAGCAUACCCAUCACAAAAGAAUGAGGAAAACAUUUUUGAAGAUGCAUAUCUGGAUUCUGACCACAAAAUUGUCCAUACAGUCUGGAACCUGGUGCAGACAUGUAGUUUGAGUGGUGCUGGCAAUUUUGGCUUGCUGGUCUCUGAUUUUUUAUCUCGGGUUGGUAUUGGCGAUCCCCAUGGUGUUGUGUUCCAUCUUCCUAUUGAGUCUAAAUCUGUACAUGAUCAUAACUUCCACCUUGGUACGGGCAUAUCAGAUGAGCUUCUGGUGGCAAUUAUGAGACUUUUAAAGAAAUAUUUGAUGGAUGACUCUGUUAAGAUAAUUGACAUAGCAUCUCAAGCUUUGCGGGGGAUACUUUCAACCGAAAAUGGUCAGAGGGCUUUGCUAUCAUUUGAUUCUUAUCAGAGAUCCCUUAUUGAGGUUCAUUCCAAGGGUGUCAAUGUUAACCUGGUUCAGAAACUCCUGGCAGAUCUAGAAAGGAAGCUUAACGCUGAGGCACUUUCCCUAAAGAAUUCUUCUUUAUGGAAGACCGAUGGAAAAACGUUCGAGACAUGGAUUUGUCCUCUUGUUUGUGCGCUGAUUAAAUAUUGUGAUGAUAUGAUCCUGAGAUUGUGUCAAGAUAUUGUGUUGGUGAAAUCUGAAGUUGCAGAACUCUUGUUCCCUCAUGUGAUGGUCAAUUUAUCGUGUAGAAGAGACGUGGAUGUUGAUCUUUGUCAACUUAUCUCCUCACAGGUGCAAGAGAACAUUCUUACCGAGGACAAUAAGUUGACCAAAUCAAUUCAAGUUAUCUUAUAUGCUCUUAAUGAGCUUCGAUUGUGUCACGUGAUGGAAAGAGGCACAUCCUCUAAUUCCUCUAAGCGAGAAAAUUCAAAGCAAUAUGGAAGACCUUCUAGCUAUGGAUCAAAGUUACGCACCACACCUCUGAAGGCAAAGCAUCAGACAACCACUUCAUCUGUAGUAUCAAUGUCCACAUUGUCAUGGGAAAAGGUUUAUUGGAUUCCUAUGGAUUAUCUUGCUGUUGCGAGGUCUGCAAUUACUUCUGGUGCUUACUUUACUGCUGUUCUUUAUGUGGAACACUGGUGUGAAGAGAAUUUCAAUUCCCUGACAUUGGGCACUCCAGAUUUUUCUCAUGUUGAGAUUCUACCGCAACACAUUGAAAUACUUUUAUCUGCAGUAACACAAAUAAACGAACCAGACAGCCUCUAUGGAAUCAUCCAAUCCCACAAGUUGACCUCUCAAAUUAUCACAUUUGAACAUGAGGGAAAUUGGAGUAAAGCUCUUGAGUACUAUGAUUUACAAAUUAGAUCUGAUCCAGUGGCUCAAGGAAGCAGUUAUUCUCCUGAAAAUUUUCUUCAUUCAUCUGGUUCCGUAGUAGAUCAGAUGGUCGAAAAGAAACCAUAUAAGGGCCUUAUUAGAUCCUUGCAGCAAAUUGGUUCUACUCAUCUUUUGGAUGUGUACUGUCAAGGAUUGACCUCUCAAAAAGGAAGGUUUCAACAUGAUUCAGAGUUCACGGAGCUACAGUAUGAAGCUGCCUGGCGCUCUGGAAACUGGGAUUUCUCACUACUUUAUGGUGAAUCUAAUGUCCUCUCAAUUCAACAUGGAGGUGAGCAUUUCAAUGAAAAUCUCCACAGCUGUUUGAGAGCAUUAAAAGAGGGAGGUUUCAAUGAAUUCCAGAUAAAAGUAAAAGAUUCCAAGCAGGAGCUUUUGCUAUCUAUCUGUCAUGCAAGUGAGGAGAGCACCAAAUACAUUUAUCAAUCUAUAGUGAAGCUUCAGAUACUUUAUCACCUCGGGAUGGCAUGGGAUUCACGUUGGAAUCCAUCUUUCAGAAUGCUGGAUUCUGUGAAGAUGCCAAAGGUCUUAUCUAAACCUGUACUCCCAUCAAGUGCUCAGUUAUCAUGCCUAGACAUGGACUGGAAGCGCACUUUAAAGCAAGCACAGUUACAUAUGAAUUUGCUGGAACCAUUUGUGGCAUUUAGAAGAGUUUUGCUUCAGAUUUUAAAUUGCCAGAAUUAUACUGUACAACAUCUGCUAGAAUCUGCAGCUACUCUCCGCAAGGUGUCUAGGUUUUCACAGGCUGCUUCGGCUUUGCAUGAAUUCAAGUUUCUCUGUGCAGAAAUUGGAGAACAUUCCAACCUUUACUGGCUUGGACGGCUUGAAGAAGCUAAGCUUCUGCGUGCUGAAGGCCAACAUCAGAUGGCAAUCAAUCUUGCAAAGUAUAUUUCACAAAACUACCAGAUGAACGAAAAUGCAUCUGAUGUGUUCCGGUUAAUUGGGAAGUGGCUGGCUGAAACACGAACAAGCAACUCAAGAACUAUACUAGAGAAAUACCUGAAGCAUGCAGUCACUCUUGCUGAGGAUUCCAUGGCAAGUGGAAAGGUUUCCACCACAAAACGAAGUCAAAUGCAUUUCCAUCUUGCACACUAUGCUGAUGCUCUAUUUCGUAGUUACGAAGAGAGACUUAAUUCCAGUGAAUGGCAGGCAGCAAUGCGUUUAAGAAAGCACAAGACGAAGGAGCUGGAAGCAUUAAUUAAACGAUUAAGAAGUUCAACAAAGGGGGAAAAGACUGACUGUUCCGCAAAAAUACAAGAGUUGCAUAAGCAGCUGGAAAUGGACAAAGAAGAGGCUGAAAAGUUGCAGGAAGACAGGGACAACUUUCUAAGCACCGCGCUUGAUGAAUAUAAACGUUGUUUAGUCAUUGGAGCUAAAUAUGAUGUCAGGGUGGUGUUUCGACUUAUUUCGCUGUGGUUUGGUCUCUCAAUUAGACCAAUUGUUGUUGAUAGCUUGCUCAGCACGAUAAGUGAGGUUCAGUCUUACAAGUUUAUACCACUAGUAUAUCAAAUUGCUUCAAGGAUGGGAAGCACAAAAGAUGGUCAGGGAGGUCACAAAUUCCAGUUUGCUUUGGUUUCUCUGAUUAAAAAACUGGCCAUUGACCAUCCAUAUCAUACGAUAUUUCAGCUUCUAGCUUUGGCAAAUGGUGAUAGGAUCAAAGACAAACAACGUAGCAGAAGUUCUUUUGUGGUUGACAUGGAUAAAAAAAUUGCUGCAGAAAAUCUGCUGAAGGAGUUAUCUUCAUGUCAUGGAGCUGUCAUCAGACAGAUGAAACAAAUGGUUGAGAUCUACAUUAAACUAGCUGAACUAGAAAUGAAGAGGGAGGAUACUAACAAAAAGGUUAAUCUUCCGAGAGAAAUUCGCAGCAUCCGAGUGCUUGAACUUGUUCCUGUGGUAACAGCCAAUAUACCAAUUGACCCGAGUUGUCAAUACACUGAAGGCUCCUUUCCACACUUUAAAGGAUUAGCAGAUUCUGUCACUGUGAUGAAUGGUAUAAAUGCUCCAAAAGUUGUUGAGUGUUUUGGCUCCGACGGCAAUAAAUACCGACAACUUGCUAAAUCCGGCAAUGAUGACCUGAGACAAGAUGCUGUGAUGGAACAGUUCUUUGGCUUAGUUAAUACUUUCUUACAGAACCAUCGGGACAGUUGGAAAAGAAGGCUGGGAAUUCGCACUUACAAGGUUGUACCUUUUACUCCAAGUGCGGGUGUUUUGGAAUGGGUGAAUGGCACUCUUCCACUCGGUGAAUAUCUUAUAGGCAGCAAUAGAGAUGGAGGUGCCCAUGGACGCUAUGGAGCAGGAGACUGGACAUUUAUGAAAUGCCGGCAACACAUGACUGUGGAAAGUGACAAGCGGAAGGCCUUCCAGGAAGUCUCUGAUAACUUCAGGCCUGUCAUGCAUCACUUUUUCUUGGAGAGAUUUUUUCAUCCAGCUGACUGGUUUCAAAAGAGACUUGCUUAUACCAGAAGUGUGGCCGCGAGUUCAAUGGUUGGAUACAUUGUUGGGCUAGGAGAUCGGCAUUCCAUGAAUAUCCUUGUAGAUCAAGCCACUGCAGAAGUUGUUCACAUAGAUCUUGGGGUUGCAUUUGAGCAGGGCCUUAUGCUGAAAACUCCUGAAAGGGUACCCUUCAGGCUGAGUAGGGACAUAAUAGAUGGCAUGGGCAUAACUGGGGUGGAAGGUUUUAGAAGAUGCUGUGAGGAAACCCUGUCUGUUAUGCGGACAAACAAAGAAGCACUGUUAACCAUUAUCGAGGUCUUUAUCCAUGAUCCCUUAUACAAGUGGGCUUUAUCCCCUCUAAAGGCUUUGCAACGUCAGAAGGAAAGUGAUGAUGAUCUGGAAACCAGUUUGGAAGGCUCUCAACAAGAUGACUAUGAGGGGAACAAGGAUGCUGCUAGAGCCUUGAUGCGUGUUAAACAAAAGUUAGAUGGAUAUGAAGAAGGUGAAAUGAGAAGCGUUCAUGGGCAGGUUCAACAACUCAUACAUGACGCCAUUGAUCCUGAUCGUUUGUGUCAUAUGUUUCCUGGAUGGGGAGCUUGGCUAUGAGAGCGUUCGAACAGUAAGAGCUCUGAUUAAAAAUUUUGGGUUCUUUUCCUUUUUUUUUUUUUUUCACCUUUUCCUUUUAGCUUUGGUGUGUGUAAAUCUUGUGCUGAUCAUAGGUUAUGGGGUGUAAUUAGUGUCACUGUAAUGAACUGACCUCGUGUAGAGGAGUCCUGUAAAUAUGUCAACAGUCAUAUCUUCUAAUCUGUAUGAGUUUCAGCUUCAUGUACGUUUCUCCGUAUAUCUACAAUUUAUCACAUUCAAAUGAUAAAGAAGGAAUUAAACUCUUUUCACACGUUUGCAUCAAAA